GUAGAGGAAGCUUCAGGGAAAGCGGGCUCUCACCCGAACAGAGGUCGUGCGUCAGUUCUGCUCCGAGCGUGCCAAACAGGAUUCCGGGUCGCGAUUCGCUAGUCGCUUCUACAGCGGGUUCACUGGUUCUGUUCAUGGACAAGGGAGUCAACACUCUAAGACAGUGACAGACACAGCGAGUCCUCGUUCCUGAAUUUUGAUUUCAGACGAGAUGAUGAUACGGCGUCGCGCGUCCUAGGAAUAGGAUGGGCCAAGCAGAGGCAAGAACCAGCCAGCCAGCCAGCCAUGCUGCAGCUCCAUGCGAGGGCAGCUCAAAUGCUGCUGCUUCUCUACGCCAUGGCGGGUAGGCGUGCAGUUGCCACGGCAGCCGCGCCGCCGUCGACUGGCCAAGAAAGCGACGAGCGCGCGCUCCUAGAUUUCAAGGCAAAGGCGGCGUCCGGAGCCUCGCUCGCCUCCUGGUCUCGGAACGGCAGCGGCAGCUACUGCAGCUGGGAGGGCGUGAGGUGCGGCGGCCAGAGACACCCACGGAGGGUGGUCGCUCUCGACCUGCAAUCCCAGGGGCUCGCCGGCACCAUCUCCCCCGCCAUCGGCAACCUCACCUUCCUCCGGUCCCUCAACCUGAGCCUCAACGCCCUCCGCGGCGACAUCCCGCCGACCAUCGGCUCCCUCCGCCGCCUCUGGUAUCUUGAUCUGGCGGACAACUCGCUCGCCGGCGAGAUCCCGGGCAACAUCAGCCGCUGCGUCCGUCUCGAGGUCAUGGACGUCAGUGGCAACAGGGGGCUGCGAGGAAGAAUACCUGCCGAGAUCGGCGACAUGCUGACGGUGCUCAGAGUUCUCCGUCUUGCCAACAACAGCAUCACCGGAACCAUCCCUGCGUCGCUCGGGAACCUCUCCCGGCUGGAGGACCUGUCCCUGGCGAUCAACCACAUAGAGGGGCCGAUCCCCGCGGGCAUCGGGGGAAACCCACACCUCAGGAGCCUUCAGCUCUCCAUGAACAACCUCUCGGGAACGUUUCCUCCUUCCCUGUACAACCUGUCAUCGCUCAAGCUACUUUCCAUGGCGGAGAACGAGCUGCACGGUCGUCUCCCUCAAGAUUUCGGAACAACCCUUGGCAGCAGCAUGCGGUUCUUUGCGCUUGGAGGUAACCGGUUCACGGGAGCCAUCCCCACAUCUCUCACUAAUCUCUCCAAUCUCCAAGUUUUUGACGUGUCCGUCAAUGAGUUCAGUGGAGUCGUCCCUUCUGCGCUAGGCAGACUGCAGCAACUUGAAUGGUUCAACCUGGACAACAACAUGUUCCAGGCAUACAGUGAGCAAGAUUGGGCAUUCGUUACUUCGCUCACAAAUUGUAGCGCGCUGCAAGUACUAGAAUUGGGAUGGAAUAGUAGGUUUGCAGGGGAACUACCAAAUUCAUUGGCUAAUUUGUCCACGACUCUCCAGGAGCUACUGAUUUUCUCCAACAGUAUAUCUGGUGCCAUCCCAACUGACAUUGGAAAUCUGGUAGGCCUUCAGCAGCUUAUGCUUGGAGAGAACUUGCUCACUGGGGCCAUUCCAGUAAGCAUAGGCAAGCUCACACAGCUGAACAAGCUGUUUCUGAGUUACAACAACUUGUCAGGAAGCAUCCCGUCAUCCAUCGGAAACCUCACUGGUCUAGUUAACCUCAUUGUCAAAGCCAACAGCCUGGAGGGAUCGAUUCCAGCAAGCAUGGGGAAUCUGAAGAAACUGUCGGUACUAGAUUUGUCUAGCAACAACCUUAGUGGGGUGAUCCCAAGAGAGGUUAUGAACCUACCAUCACUGUCACUGUAUUUGGAUUUGUCUGAUAACUUGCUGGAGGGACCUCUUCCGUCAGAGGUUGGUAACUUUGUGAAUCUUGGAGUGCUCUCUCUAUCGAGAAACCGACUGUCUGGUAUGAUACCUGAUGCCAUCAGCAACUGCGUAGUACUAGAAAUCCUCCUAAUGGAUGGCAAUUUAUUACAAGGAAACAUCCCUCCUGUUUUCGGUGACAUGAAAGGGCUUACUUUACUGAACUUGACAAGCAAUAAGCUGAAUGGAAGCAUUCCUGGGGACCUAGGGGAUAUUACCAAUUUGCAGCAGCUAUACCUUGCCCACAAUAACCUAUCAGGACAAAUUCCACAGCUCCUAGGUAAUCAAACAUCACUGGUCCGUCUCGACCUGUCCUUCAACAAUUUACAAGGUGAAGUACCACAGGACGGAGUUUUCCAGAAUCUAACUGGACUAUCAAUAGUUGGAAACGAUAAGUUAUGCGGUGGAAUGCCACAGCUUCAUCUGCCAAAGUGCCCAGACUCUGCUGCAAGGAACAAUAAGAAAACCACGUCAACGUUGCUUAGAAUAGCAUUGCCGACAGUAGGAGCUAUCCUGGUUUUACUUUCAGUGCUUUCAUUAGCCGCGUUCCUUUACAGAAGGUCUAUGGCAAUGGCAGCAACCCAGCAGCUGGAAGAAAACCUACCACCUCGUUUCACUGAUAUAGAGCUUCCAAUGGUUUCAUAUGAUGAGAUACUCAAAGGAACCGAUGGGUUCUCAGAAUCCAAUCUCCUAGGACAAGGAAGAUAUGGGUCCGUAUACAGUGGCACCUUAAAAAAUGGACGUGUUUCUGUAGCUAUCAAAGUAUUUAAUCUUCAGCAAUCAGGAUCAUACAAAAGUUUCCAGACUGAGUGUGAGGCACUGCGAAGAGUUAGGCACCGAUGCCUUGUAAAGAUCAUCACAUGCUGUUCGAGCAUCGACCACCAAGGUAAAGACUUCAGGGCUCUAGUAUUCGAGCUUAUGCCAAAUGGAAACUUAGAUAGCUGGAUCCAUUCAGAUUCAGAUUUGGAAAGCCAGAGAAAAAAUGCAGCAACACUGACAUUAGAGCAGAGGUUAGAUAUCGCCGUUGACAUCACAGAUGCAUUGGACUACCUCCAUAAUGGCUGCCAUCCAAUGAUCAUCCACUGCGAUCUCAAGCCCAGCAACAUUCUUCUUACCCAGGACAUGAGGGCUUGUGUUGGAGAUUUUGGCAUCGCUAGAAUUCUAAAUGAAGCUGCAAAAGAAACUUGUGUGAAUUCCAAUAGUACCAUCGGCGUAAGAGGCUCUAUCGGAUACGUUGCUCCAGAAUAUGGAGAAGGGCUUGGAGUAUCAACUCACGGUGAUGUUUACAGCCUUGGCAUCGUUUUGAUCGAGAUGUUUACACGAAGGCGCCCAACAGACGACAUGUUCAGGGACGGGUUAAACCUGCAUUACUUUGUUGAGGCAGCUGCACUUCCUGGUCAGGUGAUGGAGAUAGCAGAUUCCAGAAUCUGGUUGUAUGACCAAGCAAAAAAUAGCAAUGGCACGAGAGAUAUUUCCAGAACCAGGGAAUGCUUGGCUGCUAUUAUCCAGCUUGGUGUGCUGUGCUCAAAGCAAUCACCCAAAGAUCGUCUGUCAAUAAGCGAUGCCGCUGUAGAGGUGCAUAAUAUCAGAGAUACAUAUCUCAGUAACAUGGGGAUGAAACAUCAUAAGUACGUGAAAGAAAUAAGUGUCUAAGUUGUACUGUAUAAUCACAAAAAAAGUAAAUUGCACAGAAGAGAUCUGGCUUGAGCUUUUACAUAUUCUUUUUUUUACGAUUAUUACGAAAUAAAUAGCAGAAAGUCUACCUU